CAUACUCAAGAUGGAGAGUCCACGUCAAGCGAGUCCACCUGCCGCAACACUGAACCAAAGGGUUGCAAAACAAUUCCUACCGAAGAAAACAACGAGAGGAAUGGGGCGUUUACGCACGUGCUCUCACGAAACGAUUCUGACGCUAAACAAAGAAACGUUUUCAUUCUGCCAUGCCCAGCUUUAGACAAACGGUGGAAUGUAGGGGAGGUGAACUCCGAGGCAGUGAAACGAAACACAGAAAUGCCAAGUUGGUCGCAAAGGGAAGACGAAGUCGCCGGUAAGAAUAUCAGAGCACUUGGGACAACGGAUGUGAAAUCGUCAUGCACGGGGCAUUACAGAAAGAAAAGCAGGGCCCUGAGCAUAGCGGACGUUGAAGACGGUGUGCGUCAGAUUGCAAUGGCUGGUCUGGGUGGUUUCCAGAGGAGAGACGUGUUUUCCGCGCCAACAGGGCGGGAUCCAAACGACGUGCCAGAUGACUUUAUAAAUGAGAACGCAGCCCAAAUCAACAGCAGUAAAAAUAAAGGUGGGGAGAAGCGCGAGAACGACUCCACGCUUACAAAAGAGGGUUUCGAGACGCGAUCUUUCUCAACGUUAUGCCUCAAGCCAGCGUUCUGGGCCGUUGUGCUCGGGGGUGCGUUAAUCGACUACACCGACUGUGCUUUCAUGGCGACGAUCGUUGACUCGGCGCUUGACCGCGGAGCAACGCGCUUUCAGAGUGACAUGUCCAUCGCUUGCUCGGCACCGUCGCAGCUUCUGGGCCGAACCGCGCUGCCUCUCAUCGCCGACCUGGGUUUGGCCGACCGUACAACGCUAGCCUGCUCCUGCUACUUUCUCUUCGCCGCCAGUGCUGCCAUCUUGGCCGCGACGCGAACAUUCGCGCUCUACGCGACGACAUCGGCUGUUGCGUGCAUCUUCAUGGGCUGCAUGACGACGAUGAAGCACGUGGUCGUUGCGGAAUUCUUCGGCGUCGAAGUGGUGCCGACGGCUUGGGCUGCGAAUGGGGCACUCGUGCUGCCCUUGCUGCUGGGCAACCCUUCCAUAUUGGGGCUAUUCCGGGACAGGCAAGGCUCCUACGACCAAUUUUAUUAUUCGCUCUCGGGACUUCAUGUAGUCGUCGGUGUUGUAUACCUGUUCCUACUGUUUUCUUCAAAAAGAAGCAUGAAAUCCUGGACUCCAACGAAACGGAGGAAAUAGAAAUG